AUGGCACUCCUCUCUACUAAUAAAGUGCAAGACUUUUAUAUGUGCAAUAUAACAAUUCCAGUGACUGUUUUUACGUUAGCUGCAUUUAUUUUCCUGGUGUUUAAAAGCAUCAUCUGGGUAUUAAUUAUAUGUUGCCUCUAUGUAACGAGUAUCUUUUAUGGACUUGCAAUAUUACAAUAUGUCAGCGUGGUGUUAGUGAAUCUAAAUGCUAUAAGCGAUACAUUUAAUCCAGCCUACGAAACGAAAGACCCUUGUGCCAUUUGCAGCAACAAUAGUUGUAACAGGCAUAAAUUGUUACCACAUUCGACUAAAGUCAAAAUACCAAAGGAUGUUGACCAAGCAUUGCAAUACCUUCUCGACGAUCUAUUGCAGAAGUAUGUUUGUGCAUGGUAUUCAGAUUUUUCGACGAACGAAGCGUUCGUGCAACAACUUCGUUUAACUACAGUGACAGCAACCAAAAACGUGACAGUCCGGCUGCUUCGUACAGACGUAGCAAGUGUUGUGUUUCAUCGUUUAAUACCGUUGAUUUUACAACAUGCUCAGGACUGGAAAGCGUUGCGCUCGAACAUACAAAAUACGUCCGACAAGUCUCAGUUUGGGAACAAACUGAUCGAUUACUUUGGCCGUGAGAUUCAUCCGGCGAGUUACUCUCGCAAGGCUGAGUUAAAUUAUCUCAGAGGAGUGGUUACUGUGGUUAUACCACACUUACUCCCUGCUAUACAUAUAUCUACCAAUAACAAGGUUAUACUUCGGGAAAUUUUAGCAAAUUGGAUUCUGUUACCAGCAGUCGAUGCAAUCGCUGAUCCAGAUAAUAUAAAUGCAUUGGUAAUGUUAUCGACCCAUGGCAGUUCAGUUUCUAAUCACGUGGAUACGGUGAACGUACCAAUGCUGCAAUAUUGGAUAACGACUCCGUUGGUAGUGAAAACCACGCAAGAUUAUCUAAGACCUUCGUUGGAUGAAAUUUUGGCCGAUCCUCGACUGUUGUAUAUGUUCAUGCAACAUAUCAAAGAGUCUGGCCCCAUGAAUCUUUUUCAGUUUUGUUUAGAUAUUGAUGAUCUUAACACACGUAUGUUAAAUCCAGAGAUGAAUUCAGUCGCUGAAAUCAGUUUACAUACAGAUAUUCAGAAUAUGUAUGCAACAUACUUAAAUCCUGAAGGACCAGAAUAUAUAAAUUUACCAGAAGAUAUAUCAAUGGGUAUACGACAAAUUCUCGAUAAAGGUCCGAAGAAAAUUCAAGAGAUGAGGACCUCGCGAGCAUUUUAUCAAGCACAUCAAGAAGCACAUGCUCUAUUAGAAUCUACUUGUUUACCAUCUUUCCAUCAUAGUUACCAAUUGUACGACUUGUUAUGUGGACAACCAGUUCCAAAUCGUGUUAAACAGUCUUCUCGUAUGAGUGUUACUAGUGCAUCUGGCACUCUACUAUCAAAGACUGGAAAUCACUUUAUGAAGAUCGACGACGUUUUAAGGACAUCUACAAUGGACGGUAUAGCUUAUCAAGGCAUGUAUCGAGGCGAAGAGAUCGAUUCUCGUUCCUACAAUGAGAUGAAAUGUACCGAUGACAGUUUUCAUCGAGAUCUAACGACGUGGCGGGUUAGCAUUCCACAGAUUGAAACAGGAGAUAAUCAGAUUUUAUACGUGAUUACUGUGCACAACGAGGGAAAAUCCUGGACCGUUUUACGUCGCGAUCAAGAUUUUUAUGUCCUGCGAACACGAUUAGCAGAGUUUCACGGUGACAAGGAAUUAAGUGAUUCGCCGUUACCAUCGAGAAAAAAUCCACAUUUAUCUUGCGCUAUUAAUAAACAACGAUACGAAGAUUUUUUGGAGAAAUUAUUAUCGAAGCCGGUGCUCAGAAGUAGCGAACUUCUAUACAACUUCUUGACAAUGCCAAAUUUGAAGCCUUACUUCACGAAUUAUAGUACUCCGGAUAUUGGUAUAUUGUACCAAAGUGUGGCGUACAAAUUGCGAAAGGAGAAAGGGCAAAACUUGGAUAAAUUCAUGUCGGUGUUUCUGGCCUCGACCAAUGUGAAAAGUGAUUACACUGAUAUCGGGAUCGAACCAUCAGACGAGCCAAGUGCGAGUGAAACAGAAAGAAAAGGGCGACGCGAUCUUCUGUGCGGAGUGUUUGGAGACAAUCUUCAUUUAGAUCUUAAUUUUCGGACCCUGCCUUCUUCUUCAUUGGAACGCUCCCACGUUAAGGGUGCUUGUUUCUGUAUCGCAGAUGCUGUGGACAGGUUACUGAACGUGCCAGCAACAAUUGCACGGGUUUUCUGGAUGUUUGCUUCGACGUCCCGUGCAAAAAUGGACCCGUAUAUUAACAUUCUAUUGUACAAUGCUUUGGCGAAACUUCUAAGCGGCGGUCGUGCGGCCAUUGUGGUGAAGCUUUUACACGCAAAAGUCAUGGGUGAUAAGAGUCGUACGAAAGACACGAAUUUUCAAGCAAAUCGUCGAAAUUACUACGUAAGCGCGAAAAAAGGAUUAUAUGGUUUAUUACCGUAUUGGCUAAUAGGAUUUUACAAACCAUGGACUGAAUUAAUGGAUUCCAUUUUAGAUGCGUUACAAAAUGCACCGCUCAAUAAACAUCUUGCGUAUGUCCUUCUGGAUCAGAUUUUGAUAAAUCUGUUCCCAGAACUUACAACUUGA